AUGGCGUCCGGCAGUUCACAUCGGCGAAAUCGGCCGACUGACGAUGACCUGGUUGGCGACUUCGUCGUCGGCGGCGAGAUUGGAAAGGGCAGUUUCGCUCAAGUCUUCCUCGGCAAACACAAGGACUCCGGUGCCGCCGUGGCCAUCAAGUCCGUCGAUCUUGGCCGUCUGAACAAGAAGCUGAAAGACAAUCUCUAUGGAGAAAUCAAGAUACUCAAGAAGCUCCGACACCCACACAUUGUCGCCCUCCACGACUGCGUCGAAAGCGGACAACACAUCAAUCUGAUUAUGGAGUACUGCGAACUCGGUGACCUGUCCAUGUUCAUCAAGAAACGCGAAAAGCUCAUCACGAACCCAAUAACACAUGACAUGGCUCGCAAGUACCCCAGCGGCCCGAAUACAGGCCUGAAUGAGGUCCUUACUCGCCACUUUACCAAACAGCUCAUCAGCGCCUUACAAUUCCUACGCAACGGCAACUUUGUCCACCGCGACGUCAAGCCACAGAAUCUUCUCCUGCUCCCAUCACCCGACUACAGGGAAAGCCACAAAGCCACCCGUCCCAUAAUGACCGGCAGCCAGGACUCGUUAAUACCCGCGGCCGGCCUGAGGUCUCUGCCCAUGCUUAAACUGGCCGAUUUCGGCUUCGCGCGUGUCCUGCCAUCAACGACACUGGCAGAAACCCUCUGUGGUUCGCCAUUGUACAUGGCACCGGAGAUCUUGCGUUACGAACGGUACGACGCCAAGGCAGACUUGUGGUCGGUGGGAACGGUCGUCUACGAGAUGGUUUGCGGCCGGCCUCCGUUCCGGGCAAGCAAUCACGUCGAGCUGCUACGUAAGAUUGAGGCGGCCGAGGAUCUGAUCAGGUUUCCCCGCGACACUAUCAUCAGCACCGACAUGAAGGCCUUCAUUCGGUCUCUCUUGAAGCGCAACCCUGUUGAGCGCCUCAGCUUCGAGAACCUUUUUGACCACCCCAUCGUGGUCGGUCCCAUACCAGGCCUUGUUGAAGACGACAUUCCCCGGCCAGAGCGGCCACGACCCAUGGAGCGUGUCUCUGAACACCGCCCGUCGUCCAGGGACCAGCGGCCCGCAACGUUACCAUCCGCUCUACCCUCCACGCCACCACUUUCCACCCCGCAGACAAACGAUGCAGCUCAACCCCUGGCAACAGCAACGCCCCCUGGCACUGGAGCUGUUCGGAGACAGUCGUUCAACCGCUACAUUCCGAAGAACGUCGCUUCCCCCAAUGUCGCCGCUGCCGCAGAGACAGAUCGAGAAUCUGCUCUCGUAGCAGCUGCUGCGGGCGGCAUUGCUUCGUCACCUCGGGACCGGUCUGGUCUUAACCGCGCAGAUAGUACUGGACAGCGACCAAGCCAAUUGCCACGGCAUGGCUCGCAAGAUGCGAACGAGGGUCUUGCGACCCGGCGGCCUACCAUCCUGCCGUCCACAUCUGCGCCUUCUCGACCUGCCGCGCACGACGAACGUAAGCAACAGCACCGGCUGUCCAACGCUUCGUUGAAACAGAUCCAGAACCAAGGUCAGCAACAUAACCAACAGCAGCACCAUCAAGCCCAAACAAACAAUGAGGAUCCGUCACCCACAUCAUCCCUUCGCAAUGAGCUAACAGUAAAUGAUGUUGGUGAACUGGUAGACGCACGAAGCAACGCACGCACCAAUGCCUCGAAUGAUGAGCAAGAAAAGGUCGCUCAGGAUAUUGCUUUUGAGCGCGACUACGUCCUGGUCGAGAAGAAGCACGUCGAGGUUAACGCGUUCGCUGACGAGAUGGCUGCCAAUCCACGGCUUGCAGCCCAGUAUCAGACAUCGCCCAAGUCUGGCCAUGCCAUUGUUCGCCGUGCCACGCAGCAAGGGCACCCGACCUCGGCGACAGGCGCGGUGCCGCCGACCUCGUCCCGGGCCAUGCAGGUGGCUCAAGGGACUGUGUCUCGGCCGUACCAUGGUGACCGCCCUUCUUCGUUGUCUGCAAGCCCCAACUCGACGACCUCGUUCAUCGCCAAGGCCAUCCACGAUGCCAGCUUCCGCCUCCUGGGCGUCAAGAACCCGGUCACCUUGAUUGGCAAGGGCGCAUCGCCUCCGCAGCUCUACAGCCCCUUCCCCGCGUACCCGACCCCUUCUACUGCACCUGCAGCUGCCGCCCUGAUCACUGAUGGGCGGACCAGUGGAAGCGACGGUGUCAAUGCUGCGCCGACGGACAACGACACUCGCGUCGCGCAACUCAUUGAGGACUACGCAACACGGAGUGACGUCGUCUUUGGAUUCGCCGAGGUCAAGUACAAGCAGCUUGUGCCCCUUGCACCCUCAGCCGAGCACGACCUGGGUGGAAUUCCCGUGUCUGAAAAGCUCCAGAUGACAAGCGACGAUGAGGACGAGCUGACGAUUGAUGCGAUUGUUGUUCUCUCCGAGGAAGCUCUUGUGCUCUACGUCAAAGCGCUCUCGCUCCUGGCCAAGUCUAUGGACAUUGCUAGUAUGUGGUGGCGGAGCAAGAUGCGCAGCGACUCCACCGGAAGCGGUGGCGCUGGCAACUUGCCGUUCGUGAUGGACUCGGUUCUGGGCCAGCGCGUCAACGCGGCGGUGCAGUGGAUCCGGUCGCGGUUCAACGAAGUGCUUGAAAAAGCCAACUUUGCACGCGAACGGCUCGUCGAGGUCCAACGGAAGCUGCCUGAGGAUCAUCCGUCCCAUCCAAGCAACCACAGCCGGGACGACGAACAUGGCGGUGUCGGCAGUGUUGGUGCGACAGCAGGGUCAGGCACCGACGGUGUGUUCUUGAGCGCUGGCAUCAGUGCCGAGAAGCUGAUGUACGACCGCGCCGUCGAGAUGAGCCGCGCCGCUGCCAUUGGCGAAAUCUCCAACGACGACCUGGUUGGCUGCGAGCUGUCCUACUUGACUGCUAUCUGCAUGCUCGAGGCAGUCCUCGACACGGAUGACGAGCCGGCACGACGCCGCUCGUCAGCCUCGGGCAGAGACGAGAAGUCGGCCCUGCGGGACGAAGAUGGCGGCGACAUCAACACAGAAGACCAGAAGACGGUCGAAUUCAUGAUCAACAUGAUCCGGACACGGCUGAACGCGGUCCGCAAAAAGUCACAAUUAAUUUCGAGCCACUCCAAAGCCGCACAACGCCAGGAUCUCGUCCGUCGGCGUAGCGGUGAUGUGACACCACGCAGUGUUCAAUCACACGCAUCCUAA